AGUGGCGUCGGCGGAACGGGCCGAAGCAGUGGCGUUCCAACGGCACGGGGCUCGGCUCCGCCCAUAUCCUGAAGAUCUCUCUCUCUUUGACCUGUGUCGGUGAGCUCCUUACCACCCCUCGAGCUCUGAGGAGAUCACUUUAAGUAUAAAGAUGGCUGCUGAUACAUCUGUUGAAAUACUUCAGAAAGUUCUUGAGAAUGAAAUACUUCAGACUGCCAAGGUAGUGGAAGAACAUCUGGAUGCUGAAAUGCAGAAGCUCGACCAAAUGGAUGAAGAUGAGUUGGAACGCCUGAAACAGAGGAGACUUGAAGCACUGAAAAAGGCCCAGCAGCAGAAACAAGAGUGGCUUUCUAAAGGACAUGGAGAGUACAGAGAAAUCCCAAGUGAGAGAGACUUUUUCCAAGAAGUCAAAGAAAGUAAAAAUGUGGUUUGCCACUUCUACAGAGAUACAACUUUCAGGUGCCAAAUAAUGGACAAGCAUUUGACUGUAUUGGCAAAAAAACAUGUUGAGACAAAAUUCUUGAAGUUAAAUGCAGAAAAAUCUCCUUUCUUGUGUGAGAGACUGCGCAUCAAAGUAAUUCCAACUCUAGCACUAAUAAAAGAUGGAAAAACACAAGAUUAUAUUGUUGGCUUCACUGAUCUUGGUAACACCGAUGACUUCACUACAGAGACCUUAGAAUGGAGAUUAGGCUGUGCAGACAUAAUUAAUUACAGUGGAAACUUGAUGGAGCCACCUUUUCAAAGCCAAAAGAAAUUUGGAACAAGCUUUACAAAGUUGGAUAAGAAGACCAUCAGAGGGAAGAAAUAUGAUUCAGAUUCUGAUGAUGACUAGAACACUAAAUCUAUUUAUAAAUCAUGUUUUGUUUAUGCUUGGUACAUUUUUAAGGAUGAUUUUUAUAAAUCUUAUUGCUUUUCAUUACAUCUGUGCAUAAUGCUCACUUUUUCUAUACAGUUUUAUACAACUGGGUCAUAUCAGAAGAGAGCCUAAAAUAUUUUUUUUCUCUCUUUUGGGAGUCAUUUGUAACUCAAAAAUCAAAGUCCUGACUAAGUCACGUGUUGCCAACAACGAACUUUGUCUAACUGUACAUUUAUGAAGUGUUGUGAAGUAACUGUUAGGAACAGCUGUAUCAAGUCAGACCAAAGGUCCAUCUGGCCCUAUAUCCAGUCUCAGUGGCCAACAGCAGAUGCACAAGAAAGAGUAAAAACAGGGUAAGCAGAUAGCGAUGCCUCUUCAGGAAAUAGUCUGAGCAGUUUAUGGCUUGGGGAACUCUGUCUGAAAACAUUUGUUGGAUAAAAAGAAAAAAAUCUUGUUAACCAUCGUUACAUCUUUAUAGCUUUCACAUCGUUUGGCAAGGAGUCCACAACUUACCUGCGUUGUGUCAAGGACUACUUCCUAUUGUUUUCGUUGAAUUUAAGUUUUGUUUUUUAAUAUUCUUCAUUAAAGGAGACAAGAAGCAAUUUGAUUUUUCUCUAUCUGUUCAUCUUCCAGUUCUCUUCAAACUUACAACUGUUUAUUGUCAGUAAAGCACCACAAGUUAUUAGUGCAGGAAUUGUACAUUUUAACAGAGGAUUGCUUACCUCGUGGUGCCAUGUCACAACAUUGCAUAACUUAACUACAUUGCCCUGUAAGUUGUAAAAAAGGUUUGUAUAGUUACAUGGUUUUGAAUGUGUGGAUUUUUUUUAGCAGAUGCUUUGUACAAGAGAGUAGGCUAGAGAAAAGAAUUCAGGAGAAACCUUGAUCUGUUUAGAUAUAGCUCAGCAUUCUGUGUGCUGUUUUUUCAGUAACAGACUGGAUUUUCAAGGGAGAGCAUCUUUGGAACAUGAUAUAAAUUUUCUGGGUAGGUGAAGAGUUGAAUGUUUUUCUUUUAUUCUCAAAAUCAUGGUUUGCUGUGUGCUGCAGGAUGCUUUCUAAGAUGAUACUUUGAAUUGGCCCAAAAAAGCCAGUGAAGUGGGUCUUGUUAGUUCUUGCUGCCUUGUGGUGGAGAAUGCCAUUGGGCCAGCCCAGCAAUAUAACCCUGCAAGUAAGUCUAAACAAUAAUUAUUAUAUUUUAUUUCAGGUCAUGUACAUUGAAAUAAAAUUAUUUUAAUUCUAA